AUGACCCUGGAACACGCUGCUCAGGGCGCUGAAAUAACGGCCCUCUCCUGUUUUCAACUGGGUGAACACUUCAAUUUUUUGGAAACUAAGGCUCCUCCAAUAACUACUAUCAAAUGGGGGGUAUUGGGGCCUAACCAGACUCCGUUGUUUACAUACUCUAAAACACAAUGGAUAACAAGGUCUCACGAAUGGUUCGAAUAUGUUAGCCCAGAAGAUAUCCUUAAAAGAGUCACAGCCUGGAUAGAAGGUAAGGCACAUAGUGUGGCCGAAAAUGAUGUGGUAAACAUAUUUUUCGAGGCACAUGGAACAAUGAAUGGGAAGUUAUGCCUAGGAUCUAAAUACCUCGAGACUUCCAAAGUGGCCAGCUUACUCUCGCAAUUUCCCACAGGCUGUCAAGUGAAUGCGGUUGGACGUCAUUGCUACUAUGGACAGUUCCGCAAUAUAAUCAUAGCUGAUGGUCAGAUACCACGUCAUGCCAUUGCCGAUUGUGGGCCCGAGGAAGCAGUACAUUUCGCUACCACCCCUUCAGUCAGUAACAGAAUCAGGAAUUCCCAUUCUUUGCUUCCCUUCGUUCAGUCUCUGGCCCAAGUUAGUUUCCCAUGGCUGCCUCGACAGGCCCAUCUGCCUGUACGUAUGGCAGAACUUGAAUCAACUCUAAGGGAGGCAAUACGAAGAGUCACUCCAUCACUCACCCGGGAGUGUCAAGCCGAAACUUAUACUUCCUAUAUGUCACCCGAGAUCCAGGCAUCGGUAACGCUAUUGGAAGAGUUGGUCUUGCGUGAUCAUGUUGAUGUUGUCUUUCUUAGCCAGAAUGCCCACAGAAGACGACGCUCAGAGUGGCCUACCCUUGACCUUCAACUAAUGCAGCAAAUACGCAGGGCCAUACCUCCAUCUAGUGGCUCUCUAGCUAGGAGAAUUCAGGAGCAUGUCCAUGCAGCUGCUGCCGACUGUGACUUUGAUAAUGCAUUGAGGGACGACGGCCCGAUUUUGGGACGACUAGAGUACCCGAAUACCCCAUAUGAUGAGAUACUACGCGCGCUUUACUAUAGAGGUAGGGUACAAUCUGCAGUGUGGGAUUUAUUCCUUAUCCUCUGCGAACGAGGUUUUCUCAAUCUUGAGGCAAGCUUGGAACAGCCAAUAAAUUUCUACUCAACUCCUGAGUCGCUGUGCAAUGUAUUGAAUUUACUACUGUGCUUCAAAGAGCCGUGCGAAGCUGAUGCUUGUGUACCAAAUAAUUUCAACACCAGCUUGACUACUCCAAUCCAAUGGCUUGCAGUAAUGAUAUCACGAGGAUGCGCUGAGCCACAGCGACUUUUCGAAACUAUCCAUUAUACACGGAUUCUUGGCCCGUUGCUCGAAAGUGAAGUAAACAAAUUGCUCCAUACAAACAACGGUCCCAUUUCGAUUGAGUGUGAUCCCAAGAUGGUUGCUGGAUACUCCCCACCACCUUUUGGUUUUUGGCUUCCCUCUGGCGUCGGCAAUGACCCCUCACUGGUCCCUGACAUCGUUCUCAAACGGCUGGCUCUUUUUAACGAGACGGAAGCUCUUUUCAAGGAACUCCUCAGACUUGGUGACGCAGAGCUGCCCUUGGGGCCGCAACGGUUCGCAAUUGACUAUCAAAUACCACUCACCACCAGGACCUGGCUGCCAAUAAUAACUGACAAUCUGUCGAACGUGCUGGAGCAAUAUCAGGAUCGCAUCAGUGGAACUUAUAAGAAAGUCAGUUUCAUUGAGACCCCGCAGUCUACCCUUGCUUGA